GCCCGUGUGCCGACAGGAACUGUAGUUCUGCUGUGGUUUCUGCCCGGUCCCGGUUCAGUGCCGCACUGCUGCAGGCGCGCGCGUGGGGGAUUUAAAUGAAACACUAAUGCACAUUAUUGUGAUUUAUGGUUUUCGUUUAAUCAAAUGUGAAUGUAUUUAAGAUGGAAAGCGAUAUUCUCGACAUCCUGGAUCAGCUCGGGUACGAGGGGCCGCUGUCGGAGGAGGCGGGGCUUCUGGCGGCGUGUGGGCGGGGCUUCAGCUCAUCUGAAUAUGUCAGUCUGGUGACGUGGCUCUCCUGCAGACUCUCACGCGUCACUGAUUCACACACACAGGAGUCGCUCAUCACAGAGGACCCCCACAGGUGUGUGAGUGCUCUGCUGAAGGACUGCUGUUGUCCGUAUGAGGGACUGGCGUCACGGAUCGCGAACGGAGACAUCAGAGAGACGAGCGAUUACCUGAAGAUCCUCUUGUUCGUGGCGUCGGAGCUGCAGGCGGCUGAGAUGGAGGCCUGUAAACACUCGAGUGUGUGUGUGGAGAAGGACUCGUCGCUGCAGGAGCUCAGAGUCGUGUGUGAGACGCUUCAGCUGCCGGAUCCAGCCGGACCCCACGCCCUCAGUGCCGUCCAGCAGCAGGUGACGGCUCUGCUGACGCAGCUUCCACACACACACCUCGGGGAUCCUGCGUUCAAGAGCUCGCUUCGUCCCGACCAGUGGGGCACGCUGGAGAAGAUCAAUGGCGCGCUGGCGGCGGAGUACGAGUGUGUGUGUGUGAUCAGUGUGUGUGUGUGUGUUCAGGGCGCGCUGGAGAAGAUCAACGGCGCGCUGGCGGUGGAGUACGAGUGCCGGCGGCGGAUGCUGAUCAAGCGGCUGGACGUGACGGUGCAGUCCUUCAGCUGGAGCGACAGAGCCAAGGUCCGGGUUGACAGGAUGGCGCGGGCGUAUCAGCAGAAGCGCUUCUGUCUGCCGCUGCAGCCGGCGGUGUGUGUGGCGCAUCUGCUCGCCGCUCGAGAGGACGUCUGCUACGUGAGGAAGACCAGCAGCGGCUCGAGCCGAGAGAACACCGCCUGCGCCGUCAACAGGAUCCUGAUGGGAAGAGUUCCUGAUCGCGGAGGACGGCCGUCGGAGAUCCAGGCGCCUCUGCCGGAGAUGCCCGUGUGGAGGAAGAGAACUGAUGGAGGAGGAGGAGGAGGGUGGAGAGGAGGAGGAGGAGGAGGAGGAGGAGGGUGGAGAGGAGGAGGAGGAGGAGGAGGCCGAUGGAGGACAGGAGGCCGAGGGGGGCAGUACCAUCACUGACGGUGUUAUAGUGGACGAAUGACUGAAGGUUUGCCUGACAGUGAAGCACAUCCACGUGCGUCUGAGAGGAGACGUCAUUUCCUCUCUUUUAAACUAGUGUUUUCUUAAAGGGAUCGUUCACCCAAAAAUUUAAAUUAGCCCAUGAUUUACUCACCCUAAAGCCAUCCUAGGUGUAUAUGACUCUUCUUUCAGACAAAUACAAUCAGAGUUAUAUUAAAAAAAUGUCCUGGCUCUUCCAAGCUUAUAAUGAGAGUGAACGGCUGGUGAAAAUUUGAAGUCCAUAAAAGUGCAUCUGUCCAUCAUAAAAGUGCAUCUAUAUAUAAUUAAAGUGCUCCACAGGCUCCGGG